UUUCGAGCAAUUUUUUUUGCAGCGAUUUCCAUCGUCAAAGUUGCCGCGAUGCCCUUAAUUCUAUUAUCCGACGCGGCCCUCCUCGCGAGGUUGCAGGGCUUGAGCUUUCAACAGAGCAAGGAUGCCUGGUUGACCGCCAACCAAAAACCCCUCGUCGCCACGGCGAUCGAAGCGAUCGAGGCGGCGAUGCUCAAAGUUCCCAUAAAGAAGCGACGCUCGGUGUGGUACCACUGGUGGCGCACCUAUGUAGAUAGAAAGCAUAAAACCGGCGUCCCGGCACCGAGUCGCGACAACACGUUCCUCGACGAGACGACCAUGCGGCUCUGGCGGGCCAAGGACUACGAGGGCCUCUACAAGCACUUCCGCGAGAACUGCGAGGCGGUGCUCGACGUCGGCUACCCCGACGCCGAGAUCAAGAAGGGUUCGCGCAAGAACUUGAAGAACCUGAGGAAGGUGAAGAAAGACCAGCGCAAGAUAGUCUCCGCCUUAUCCUAGGCAUAUUUAGCUAAUAUUUAAUCUGUUUCAUGUGCUCGAGUCCGGCUC